UAUUUAAAGUAUGUUUUGUACACCAUAAGAUGAUUGAUUGUUGGUUGCUUUACGUCCAGCGGCAAAUAGUUUAUUCAUUUUCAGGACAAGAACAAAUUAACAUUAGUCAGUACAUAGUGAUGAAAUAAUUAGAUAUGUUCUGUAAUAAUAGUCGAUCUGGAUGAAGGUCGGGGAAAUUUGGACUGCCACUGGAAAUUGAGAGUAUAUUCAAUUUGGAUAGAGACAGAAAUUUUGUUUUGAAACAGUCCACCUACGGACCCUUCAAAUAGUUGAUGCAAGUGUUCUUAUCGUUCAGAGAGCAUGUCGCUCUCUUUACACGGGACACGUCCAACUUUGACCUGACGUGGCUGCGUACUUAUACAUCCCGCACAGCCAAACGGACUACCCACUUUGGAAAUGUUUUCUUGUCGGUCGGAGGCAGACCAAAGUGACCACAUUCUAUUCGUCAGUCACCCUUGGGGUUUUAAACAAAGGACACACGAGCUAUCCGACAUUGAAACAUAUACACUGCAUCAAUAAAAUAAUAAAUGUUAUCUUUGCAUUUAUUUCUAUCCGAUAAACAAAUUGCUACUACUGGAUUAAGUUUUGAAAUGAAUUACAAUUGACUGCCUGCACCAGGUUCAGCAUUGAUAGUAAAAAAAAAUAUCCGAUAAAAAAACAUCGAAAGCAAAAGAUAUGAACCUACGAAGGCUUAUUUUAUAGGACUAACGCAUAAGUUGAAUGAAUUGAAUGAAAUUAUGUCUUCAAAAGGUUUUAAUCGUAAUUUAUAAACAAUGAUUUUCCCGAUAAUUUACAUAAUGUUACUACCUUCAUAAUUCAAAACAGGAUACAAUAUUUAAGUAAAUUUCCGACUAGGCUUACACGAAUGUUACGCGAUGUAAAUAUUCUUAUCUGUAAAGGAAAAUUAUCUCUCAACUUAACGUAAGGUUGGCGUGCCAAUAUGGCAUCUAAUUUACUGAUUUUUCUAUUUGUAGUUCUAUUUUUGUUCAUACAAAAGUCCACAUGUUUUCUGCUGACGGGAAUGAACACUGGAUAUGCCAUAUAUGUAUGGAGGGACGGUUAUGACCCAACGAUACCCGGAUGUAGCGAACGUGACUUUCUGAAUUGGGAUAAACAUUCAAAAUGCUUUACACAUACCUGGGAUAGUCAUAGCAGAAGACAAUGGCUAUGGAGCACAUGUAAAGUCCAGGGAAGAGAAAUUCGAAAGAUAUUUCUUGCAGACAUUCAUCAUAAAUUGCGUGAUGGGUUUAAUUCCAAAUCGUGCGGACUUCCUGGAAUUCAAUUGAUAAAACAAACAUUAAAUGAAGGUCAUUCGACAGUGCUUGGGCUCCAGAUCUAUGCACUCUUUGCUGUUAGUGAUAUUGACGUAUCAGAAAAGGAUUUGAUUAAGCACGUGGUCUGGUACAACGAUCAUUGUGCAGCUGCAAAUGAGAAAUUUGAUGGAGUUGCAGUCAACAAUGAAGCAUAUGCAUCAAUAAAAUGUCACAGUGGACAAUCAGAACAAACGCGGUACUUACAUCACCUAAACAUGAUUAAAACAGAAAGCAUGAAACAGAUCCAUGGUCGUUUACUUACCCAUUACUCCGUCAGCUGGCACUGGGGACGCUGUGGUAGUACACAGAAAAUGAUUACGUACAACGGGAAAACACAAGACGUAGUCAGACACAUGAUUGACAUUUUCGAUAGUAUAGAUGUUCAGGUUGGUUACAUCACGUUCCCCCAAAUAUCUGACCGAGCUAAAUUGGCAGGAUACCAAUAUGCUUUAGAUAACAGCAAGGAAAUAUUCGUCACACUCUACACCAAUAAGAAUGAUCCUUGCCAGACAACUUUCUUUCCGUCUCCUUGUAACAAAGGUAACCAUACAGAAGCUGGAAUGCUUGAUGUCUUUGAUAAUUUUAAGAAAUAUGGAAUCGAGCACGCCCGUCCGUGUAUUCACUAUUUCAGAGGAAUAUAUUCCAGUGGUGGGAAUCCUGAUUGGCCAAUACAUUGACACCAACAGACCGUAAACAACAGAGAUCGAACUCAAGUAUUCAUAAAGAAUCAGAUAUUAUAUGUAUAUAGGAACGUAUUUUUUCCAACUCUUAAUUUAUAAAUGCUUGUUUGUCAUGCAAAUUUAUUAUUGUAUUUAGCUUCCUAAGGUAUGUUGUUUAAGCGACUGAUGGGUCUUAUGCGUUCUUAAUCAUAAGCCUGGUACUAUCUUAACAUUAUUGGUCUGUAAUGAUUUAAAACAUCUACUACUUUUAUGAGGGAUGGUAGGAUGCAUACAAGUCUCUUAGUAUUAAACUGAUGUUAUAUCACGAAA